UGUCGUUCUAACCUAAAACAUAAUAAUCAGUAAAUUAAAAAUAAAUUCAUUGAACAAGGCGCAACGCAAAUGAAUUUAUAGUGGAAUUCGUAAUGGAAACUGACGCACUCUUAGAUCGAAGAACAAUGGAUAAUAGAGGCGACCUUCAAGCUUUGGAGGAUAAUUUGGAAAAUAAUCAGAAUCCGGAAAAUUAUAAAGCAAGAUUUCAAUAUUUUGCAGCCAUAUCAGCUACCCUAUCUGCUUUUGCAUCUGGGGCAGUGCUUGGAUGGACCUCCCCAAUUCUAGAUAUACUGGAAAAUGGAGAUUUCAAUGGCAUCAAGGUAGAUAACGACCAAAUGGGUUGGAUUGGUUCGUUAGCCACCUUAGGGGCUGUAAUUAUGUGCAUACCAAUGGGUGUAAUAUGCGAUUUUAUGGGUAGAAAAAAAUCACUUUUAUUUUUAGUUUUGCCCUUUACAGUCGGUUGGGCUUUAAUAUUAUUCUCCAAAAACAUACUUAUGCUGUAUUUUGGGAGACUUUUUUGUGGAAUGGCGGUUGGCGGUACUUGCGUCGCCGCGCCUUUAUAUACUGGAGAAAUCGCGCAUAAAAAUCUCAGAGGUAGUUUGGGAAGUUACUUUCAGUUGAUGGUAACUGUAGGUAUUCUCUUUGCUUAUGUUUUGGGCAAGUUUUUGACUGUCAAAGCUUUUACUAUAGCUUGUGCUUGUUUACCGUUUAUAUUUGUUGUUUUGUUUGUGUUUCAACCAGAAUCUCCAGUUUACUUAAUCAAAUUAGGUCUGUAUGAUGCAGCUGAAUCUGCCAUGGUAAGGCUAAGAGGUACACCAGGUGUACAGUAUGAAUUAUUGGAACUUGAAGAAACUGUUAAAGAGUCGACCAAUUCGCAAGUUUCCAUGUGCAGACUGCUUAAAAGAAAAUCAUCUUUAGUUGCCAUAGUAAUUUCCUUUGCCCUCAUGUUUUUCCAACAAUUUUGUGGUAUAAACACCAUAAUUUUGUACGUUAGUAAGAUUUUUGAAACAUCAGGUGUUAAAAUGGACUCUAAAACGGCCAGUAUUAUAGUUGCAAUUGUUUUAGCCCUCUCCACUUUUAUAGCGUCACUUGUUAUAGAAAAAUUAGGUAGAAAGUUCCUUCUUAUUUUAUCUUCAUCAGUUUUAAUUAUCUCAAACUUGACUAUAGCAGUAUACUUUACCCUUAAAGACCGAAAUCAUAUCGACGAAAAAACUCUCAGUCAUUUCGGUUUUAUCCCAGUGAGCGCAGUAUGUGUGUUCGUUGCCGUUUUUUCUUUAGGUCUUGGUCCAAUCCCAUGGAUGAUCUCAUCGGAAAUUUUCGUACCGGAAAUAAAAAGCGUCGUUAGUUCCGUAGCAGGCACUUUAAAUUGGUUUAUGGCUUUUCUUAUCACCAAGUUUUUCCUUCAAAUCAACCAGCAAGUUGGUAUGGAUAGCACAUUUUAUUUUUUUAGUGUCAUGUCCGCUCUGGGGGCAAUUUUUAUUUAUAAAGUAGUACCUGAAACGAAAGGUAAAACAAUUAUGGAGAUUCAAUAUGAAUUAGAUAGUUAAAUUUUGUGUUUAGUUUUAAGAUUAUAUUUUGUUUGUAUAUUUGAAGAUAAUAUUUACUCAUAUUUUAAAAAAUUAGUACAAUAUUUUGUACCUACUUACUUUUAUACUAUAUUAUUGUUAUGUGAUUUUUUAUAAUAUAUUUUUAAAUACAA